AUGCGCAUUAUAGGAGGAUACAUUGUGUCGCCAUAUUCCACGCGCUAUCUGGUGUCUUUGAAGAGAAUUAGUGGGCUGCAUUUUUGUGGCGGGUCUCUGAUCAGCAGGUUCUGGGUGCUCACAGCCGCUCACUGCAAAAUCGAGUAAGAAAACAAUGGUUUCUCAUUAGGGCUGUUCUUUAAACUCUGAAUUGUUGGGGAUUAAAAGGGACUUUUAACGUGUAGACCAAACCAGCCAAAUUAGAAACAUGCAUUCCAUUUGGGUAUUUUGGCAUUAAAUGUAAAAUUCCUGAUAAUUCACACCUUGUCGAAUAACAAUUAUAAAUAUGAUAACCAGGAUCAUGGAGGUGAUAGAUUAGAGGUUAGAUUGGACCAUGGCAUUCUACCAACCUUUCUGUUAAUAUCGGUACAGGCAGAGCCAGAUGCUGGUUGUUGCUGGGGAGUACUCUCUGUCUACGUUUGAAGGUACAGAGCAGGUAUUUCGCCCCGUCAAGCUGGUUGCGCACCCAGAAUACAGCCCAUCUUCAAAGAAUGGCGAUAUAAUGUUAAUCAAGGUAAGGCAUCAGGAGCGUUUCAUUCAAAGAAAAUUCAAAGUGAAUUUAGAAUAUAAGGCCGAAAUGGUAGCAGAGCUUGAAUUUUCCCCUUUCAUCGUGUUUUUUAAUGCUGAAUGAGAGUCCGCAGCACUCCAUCCCCUCUGUGAUGCUUGGGUUAAAGAGGAAAAAUUAGCUUGAGCAGUAAUGUUGAGUUUUUAGAAUAUUUUUACUCCUUACCUGGGGUCCUCAAGGCACCACUUCCCAUCUCCACUGCAGCUUAGUGCAUGCAAGGCUUAGCUCGUUGGCUGAGAGUGUCAGCAAAUGCACUAGCCCUGCACUAAAUGGCUUAGCCCAGGAUAGCUAAAUGCUUACAAUUGGGGGAGGAGGGGAGCACCACGACACACCUGGCACCAUAACCACUACAGUGUGAUACUCAGUAUAUAGCUCAGAGCAAUGCCCGAUGUAACUUCCAGUGUAACGCUCUGUUUAAUGCUCUGCAUAAAGCUCAGUGUAACUCUCUGUUUAACGCUCAGUGUAACGCUCUGUUUAACGCUCAGUGUAACGCUCUCCAUCAAACUGAGAUCAAUAACUGUCUUUCUGUCUUACAGCUGAACCGACCUGCUGUGUACAACUCCUUUGUGUCUAUAGUGCCUCUGCCAGUCCAAGGGGUGGCACCAAGUGAAGGGCGCCUGUGUCAGGUGUCCGGUUGGGGAUACACUAGCACAAUUGGGGGGAAGGCGUCCGAUACCCUGCGCAGUGUAAAGCUGCCCAUAGUCUCCAUGAAGAGAUGUAAUAGUUCAACUUCCUAUGCUGGACACAUCACAAAUAACAUGAUCUGUGCGGGCUUCAAUACCGGAGGGAAGGACGCAUGCCAGGUUAGUGACAGAACAAUACAGGAAAAAUGAAAGAGAAAAUAGAAAACAUUCAAGCCUAGAAAAUAAAAAAUGAAGAUACAGAAAGUGUUUGUACGUUUCAUUAAUACUCCAAGCACCAUAACCACUACAUUGCACUGCAGUGUUUAUGGUGACCGGAGCGGUAAGUUAUCACUUAGCACCUUCUCUUGAUAUUAUGACACACAUUAUAGCUGGAAUCACGUGAAAUGUAUACUGAAUGUUAAUUCCAGCACACACUUAAAAUUAGGCUAGAUGUUAAUUCUAACCCACAAAAUGAUUUUUUUCUUACAUCUUCAUAUUUGUAUUUUGGUUUUAUCUUAUUUUUUUCUCCAAUAAAAUAAAUAAUCAUGCUUCCUCUUUAACUAAAUCAAACUGAAAGAAAGAUAAUGCUCCCGUUACAAACCCUGUAAUAAUCUUGAUAUUUUCCAUCAAGUUCCCAGAUGACGCUAUGAGAACGCAAUGAAUAACCCGGUAACAACACGCUCCAGGUGUAAUUAAUCAGUGUUUUAUCUAACAGCUGAGCGUACAUUUGUAUGUGUUGGCGUCAUUGUCAGUGCGCACACAGAAUGUAAAUGAUGCAAGCUGGAUCCUUUAUCGCUUGUGAGCGCAGGUUGUUUUCAGAUAACAGGUAAAGACAAACAGUGGAACGAAUUCCAAGGGCUUUAUUCACUAAACUGUGAGUUGCUGUGGGGCGACAAUCACUCCGUACAAGUAAUCAACUUAGAAUAACCAACACAAGCAAUUUUAGCUGGUUUUCUUCCCAAACCUGGUUAUAAACAGCUGCAUUUUGUUUGGCAUUGUGUUGUAAACCCCGCUCUCUCUAGUCCAGUGCGGUUCUUACCCAGAUGAAGAAACCAUUUUGCCAGUUGUGACUCCAGCAAGUUCCUAUAUUAGGCAUUUGACUAUUUCACUUACUGCAUGUGACUAAAAUGAAAUUUCUGCUAAUUCAAGAUCCUUGCUUUAAAAUCCAGUUUUAGUUGACACAAUGUCUGGCUGAUUUUGCACUGUAAGCCUUUCUACAAUUUAUCCUGCUCUCUUUAACCUUAGGGGGACUCUGGAGGCCCGCUAGUGUGUGAUGGAAGAGUUUUUGGGAUUGUGUCUUGGGGACAUAGCUGUGCCAAUCCCAGAUAUCCAGGCGUAUACACAGCCGUAUCAAACUUUCAGAAGUGGAUUUACAGAACAAUCUUUUAAGAAGACUUAGACAUGUUCCCCGUUCUCCCUCUGAUGCCCAAUCAUCACUACGUUAUUUUUGUCAAGCACUACAUGGGCAUGACGAAAGACUUACAACUAAAGGGGAAAAUUCAAUACGAUCCAUCUGGCACUGGAAGAGUUAACAUAUUCACUUAAUUUGUGUGACCAUAAUGCUUGGUUAAACACCAAUAACUGAAAUUCUAUAACCAAGGACGUAUGUAUAUAUUAUUUUAUUCUUUUCACGUUUAUAAUUAAUUCUUCCACAAUAACCAGAAUCCUUCCAAAUGAUUUUACAAUAUUUUGUUAAUCCAAUCCGCAGAAUUCCGGUGUCUGUACCCGACGGCGACAGCACUUGGCACAGAAAUGUUAUGUAUCUUGUUUUUUUAAUAAAAAACGCAUGAUGUAAUGCUGCUAAAAUAAUCAAACCACCGUGUUUAUUAUGGCCAACUGAUUAU